AUGGAUAGCUGUUCAAAUCGUACCGCUCAAGCCGAGGGUAUCUUAGACAAAUUAGGUUUAAUAUUAAUCUAGAUUGCAAUGCCAACGCUUUAUCAAACAAGGCUUUUGUAUAUUUCCAGUUAACCAUAACUAUAAUCAACUUUACAAAUGCCAAUAGAAAAACGAUUAGCUUUUGGUACUGUAUAUAUAUUUAUAUAUAAUAUAUACUGAAAAAGAUCCAAGGUUUAGAAAAAGGAAAGUAAAAGACUCAAGAGACGCAUGACCUCUCUAUGUUUUAACCAUAUAGGUUAGCCACCUGCCAAUAUUUCUGGAGGAUUGUCAGGUAGAAUAUAAAAGCAAUCUGUCUUGUAAUUUUUACAUUGUAAUAAAAAGAAAAUAGCUUAACAUAUUGAGUUUAAGAAUCGGUAUUUUUUAUGGACAAAUAUUAACAUUGUAGUGUCUAAAUCGAGCAAACUUUACUCCAAGAAGCUAUUUGUUUCGUCGUAGAUGAAAAAACUUACAUUUUGUUACAGAUAACUAUAAAAAUAUGUUUAUUUAAUGAUAAAAAUCAUAAAUGCGGGUGGUUUUAUAUUUUACUUUGUGCUUAAUAUUGUUUUAUUAAUAAAAGUUAUAUUCAUAAUUUGAAAAAACGCGCCAUUAGCAAUAGAGAAAAACUUGACUCAUUUUUCGUUUAUGCGUCGACAUUUUCUCUUUUUUAUUUUUUUCCUUCGCAAGCUUCGUCUUGUUAUUGUAGACAGAACAUCUUGUUAUUCUGUCGGAAUAUUUUUUAAAACGUAAUUUUAUAUAAAUUUUUGAUGUUUUUGUUAUGCGUGGUACGAUAAAGCAGUUUCGAAGUUUUUGAUUUUAUUUUAUUUGUUUUCAGGACAAAACUUAUUGGAACAGAGACAGAAGUCAAGCUUAUUCAAAGAUGAAGAUGUGGGCAAGGUUAUGGGCAAGCCUCUGAAGACAGAUGAAGCAUGGUCCACUUUGUACAGAUUUGAACGCACUUUUCUGAUCAUUUGGGACAUUCUCAGAGGUAUGUGUUCUAGCAUUUUUUUAUGUUUAGGGUUUUAAAUUUGGAGUUAAAAUGCACUGAAAGCAAGAUUUAACAGUUGGCAAUCUUUUUGUGUUAGUCUUGAGUUAUUUUUACUAGAAUUUUGCGUUUAAAAUGAACUUUUCUGCUAACCUUCAAUGUACUACAAUAUCUUUUUUUAGUUCUAAAAUUGUGAAGUAUAGAUUCUAAAUUUUUUCAGAAGCUAGUAAAGUUUAUUAUUAGCGCUUUAUAAUAUAAUUCAAUUUUUUUCGCUUUUUUUUGCUAUUUUACGUUACCUUUGACAAGCUAUGUUAACUAAUGUCAUUUUUAGGGAGACUUAUUGGAACAGAGACAGAAUUCAAGCUUAGUGGGUUAAGGUUCAAAGAUAAAGAUGUAUGCAAGGUUAUGGGCAAGCCUCCGAAGACAGGUGAAGGAUAGUCUACGUUGUGGAGCUUUGAGCGCUCUUUUUUGAUCAAACUCAACCAGAAAUUUGAGCAAAAUGGAAUUGAUCUGGAUUCAUUGGAGAAGGAUUUUUUGGAUGGUAAGUUGCUUACAGGAAUGAGGGGCUUUUUGAAUUUAGUAAAGUUGGUUUGGGGCGAUUAGAGAUAAGAAUAAUGUCGGUUUAUAUUAAUAUAGUCUGUUUAAAUCGGUUUUUCUUAAAUAAUUGACUUUUUUAGUUGCCUUAAGUUGUACUUUUAAUAUAUUUGAUUAAAUUUUUGAUUAAAAAUAAAGCCCAAGUAUUAUAAAAUGUUAUUUUAGGCAAACAACGCGAGGAGUUGAUUUUAAAAACCGAAAAAGAGUUGAAGAUGUUCAAUGCACUGGCCGAGAAACAAGUAGAAGCCAUUGAUAGUCUCAAGAUCUUCGACGCUGAUACUAGUGAAGAUCAGAAGACUCGGAACUGUGAGAAGAGGAAACAGAUCAUCCAAGGAGUUCAGAGCCUUCUGAAUUUGAACGACAAGUACCUGAAGCGAUUAGAGGAGUCCACGUUCCGAGUUGAACAUUCCGAUGGUUAA